AUGUGGGAGCGCAAGAACCAGAGCACAGUGGCCAGGGUGGUCCCAAGUGUUAGCCCAGCAUCCGUGCCAUGUGCAUACGCCAUAGAAGUAGUUGUGAAAAAUUGUUGUUCUAAAAUCCCUACAAGGAUGUCCACUGCCACCACAAUGGCCGCUGCCGCUGUGACCUCCUCGCAGGAUCUCAGAUUCGCUAUUACGGACUAUGUUGUUUUUAUUGUGAUGCUGGGAGCCUCGGCUGGAAUCGGCGUCUACUUUGGAUUCUUCUCCAAGACCAAGAACACCACGGAGGAGUAUCUGCGCGGCGGGAAAAAGAUGCAGACCCUGCCCAUUGCCAUAUCUUUGGUAGCGAGUCAGUUGUCUGGCAUUGCCAUUAUGUCCAUUCCCGCCGAGAGCUAUACCUACGGAUUUAAUUACCUAUUCGUUGUCCUAUCUAUGGUGGUUGUGGUUCCCAUUUUAAUCUAUAUUAUAGUGCCUGUAUUCUACGAAAAUAAUGUCUCCAAUUGCUAUGAGUACCUGGAAAUGAGAUUUAAUAAGCGUACUCGCCAAUUGGUGACCGCCACUUUUGUGAUGAACUCGUUUUUGAUGUUACCUGUCUACAUGUUUAUACCAUCUCUAGCCUUUUCCCAAGUAACCGGCAUGAACAUUCAUCUGAUCAACAUAAUGGUGUCCUCCAUUUGCAUCUUCUAUACCAUGUUGGGUGGAAUCAAGGCGGUGGUAUGGACCGAUGUGGUCCAGGGCAGUAUUAUGCUACUUUCGGUAGUAUCCGUGGGAGUAUUGGGUACGAUCCGCACUGGAGGCGUCUCCACCGUUUUCGAUUACGCCUCCCAAGGCGGCAGGCUUAACUUUGACUUCCGUUUGGAUCCACGUAUUCGUAUGUCGUUCUGGAGUGCCACCAUGGGAGGCAUCUUCAUGUGGACAGGACACAUUGGACUGAAUCAAAGUUGUGUCCAACGGAUCGUUUCACUGCCAUCCUAUUUCCAUGCCAAGAAGUCCCUGAUUAUUGCUGGCAUUGGAUUUCUGAUCAUCUGUUUACUCAACACAGUAUCGGGUAUUAUUAUGUUUGCGAGAUAUUUCGGUUGCGAUCCCCUCUUGGCUGGCCUGGUCAGCAAACCGGACAAAAUGAUGCCCUUCUUUGUCCAAGACAUCAUGGGUCAUUUAACUGGAAUGCCUGGAGUUUUCAUCUCCUGUGUCUUCAGUGCUGCCCUGAGUUCCCUGUCGGCUACCCUUAACUCCCUAGCCGGAGUGAUGUACUUCGAUUAUAUAAAGCCCUGGAUCAAGCACACAGAGGCCAAAGCCAACUGGUCCAUGAAGAUCAUAGUGGUGGUGAUGGGUGGCUACUGCAUCCUCGGUGGCUUCAUGGUGCAGAACUUCAACUCGAUUCUGCAGACGGUGGUUACCAUUACCGGCAUUAACACAGGUGCAGUUGUGGGGGUGUUCCUCUUGGGAAUGUUUGUGCCACGUUGCAAUGCCAAGACAGCUGUGACAGCUAUCAUAUUCAGCGUAAUUGCCAUGGUGUGGGUUAUUGUUAAUGGCCAGAUCAACUUCAAGACCGGACUCAUCAAAUACGAUGUGCUGCCAAACAGUUUAGAUCAAUGCGAAGCCCGUGGACUGGACAUUAUAUCAGCUGCCAUCAACAAAACGGACUUCACACCAGUAACAGCAAAGCCCCCUUCAGGAUUACCGGUUACCACUGCCUUUGACAGCAACAGGGACUUCUCGCUCUACGACAUCUCAUUCUAUUGGUACAAAGUACUAGGAACAUUUCUGAUUUUCCUCUGGGCAGUGCCCAUGAGUUAUAUCUGGCGACCAGAUGAAACCGAGAAACAGAAUCCCAAGCUAUACUCGCCGUUUGUGAGAAAGUUCCUAAACCAUCCGAAAGCAGGACAGGAACAGGAGGAAGUUCCUCUGCGAGGACCACAAGUCACUGAAAUUCCCGAUCUUCGGAUAGAUCCCACUGGAAAGGAAAAGGAAGCCGGACUCGAACACUAAUUUCUUUUAUAUUAUUAAAUUGAAUUUAGGGUGAUAAAUAAACAAGAUGA